AUGAGAUUGGAGAGAGCUAAUAUCCGAAGUUGGAGGGACCUAGUUGAGGCCUUCAUAAAGCAGUAUCCGUAUAAUGUUGACAUGGCACCAAAUCGCACUCAGUUACAGAAUCUAGCCCAAAAAGCUAAUGAGUCCUUCAAGGAAUAUGCGCAGAAAUGGCGCGAGUUGGCGGCUAGAGUCCAACCGCCCAUGCUGGAAAGAAAGACGAUGGAUAUGUUCACCAAUACUCUGGAGGGUCAAUAUUACUCCGCCUGCUCUGCAUCCUCGAGCUUCGCCGAUUUGGUCAUGAUUGGUGAACGUAUUGAAAGUAGGAUUAAGGCUGGUAGAACACAAAAUCCAAGUGCUUCUAGUUCUUCCUCUGGGGCUGGUGGAAAGAAGCCAUACAAUGGAUUUGCCAAGAAAAGAGAUGGCGAGACUAGUGCUGCUUACUAUGGUCAAGGCAAGGGCCAUGCUUAUCAACAAGUAGCCGUUGUGACUAUACCAAAUGCACCUUUUCAGCAACAUCAACAACGAGGGUAUACUCCACGUCAAUAUCAACCGAAAGCGCCUGGAAGGGUUUUUGAUCCGAUCCCGAUGACAUAUGCACAAGUAUUGCCAUACCUCCUCGAUUUGAAGUUAAUCCAAUUGAGGACUCUAGCCACUCCUGCUAAGUUGCCUGCUAAUUGGGAUGCCAAUGCGAGAUGUGAAUUCCACUCUGGGGCACCUGGACAUAGCAUUGAAAAUUGUAAAGCGUUGAAGCAUCAGGUUCAAAAUCUUCUCGACUCUAAAGCCAUAGAGUUUACUCUUACUCAAGGACCUAAUGUUGUUCAGAAUCCUUUGCCUCCCCAUGGAGCUCACGCUGCAAAUGCCAUCGAGGUUGUUGAAGAUACUCGCUUGGUCAAAGAUGUGAUCGAAUUGGGAUCUCUAUUGCCAUUAUUGAAGGAGGAAUUAUUGAGGAUGGGUCUAUACUCUGGUUGUAGAGAAUUCUGUAUUGAUUGCAUGGCCAUUUCCACAGUUUGUGAUAAGGUGAAAAGUGGGGUUCAACAGUUGAUAGAUAGUGGGUAUCUACAGUUUGAGCGUGUGCGACAUCCUGAAAUAGUCGAGAAUGAAGUUAAUCUGGCAUUCAUCCCGUAUACUCCUGCCAAGAUUCCAAUUCCUGCCAGAACACCUCCUUUGGUCAUUACAUUGCCUGGUCCCGUCCCGUAUAACAGUGACAAAGCAAUCCCAUGGAAUUAUGGGGGAGAAGUUUUCUACCAAGGCGCCAAGUAUGAGAUUAAAUUGCCGGUUGAGAAAUAA